AUGAACAGUGUAAUAAACCGAGCUUUGACGCAGGGAUCAUCCGCUAUUCGACAGUUCUUAGCUGUGAGAAGUCCCAUGUGCCAGGAAGUCGCUGGAUUCAAGGUGAAAUCUCGCCUGAAGCUGCGUUGUCGUUGCUGUUACUUCAUUCGUGUUGAUGGUCGUCUCCAUGUGGAAUGUCAUGAGAAUCCAAGACAUAAGGCUCGCGAGGUGUACGAUAUCAAGAAGCUGUGGUGA